UAAUUGGCAGUCUGUAAUAAGUAAUGGAGAUCACGUAAUCGUUCUUAUUCCUGUCCCAAUUCAUCGUACUUAAUAUAGCAGUUGUAUCUAUGAUAUGAUGAGUUUAUUUACAAUGCUGAGUAUUAUUUUUGUUUUCAAGUUGUUAUACGAUUACAAUGUUUUUGCUAUGGAUUCAGAUGAAUGGAAAUUAAUAUUUAAAGCAGCAACUGGAGGCAAUGGAAGUGUGUAUGAACUAUUUACCGGUCCUAAUAUUCUCAAUGUGGAUAAUGUUCAGGCAGAAUCGAUAUCACAACCAGUAAAGGAGCAUUUUAAGUCGGAUAUUGUAAACCAAUGGUCAGAGCUCAGUAUUACAGAGGUCCUUGUUCGAAUACAUACCAAUGGCAAAGAGAUUGCGUAUUUUAUGUUUGACGGAGUAGGAAGCAACAAGACCAACUGGUUCAGUCUUGCUCGCUUAAAACAGUCCAGUUAUGCUGAUUUAUACAACUCUACUACAAAUGCUUCAAUAAAUUUCUUCAGCAUAAUCGGAUAUCAAGUGCCACCAUAUAUCUUUCGAACCUUUUACAUUAACUCAAUAUGGGAAGGAUGCUCAAACGACACUGGAUGACUAACCAUUCUUGAUGUAAACAGCACAUGGGGGUGUCCUACGUGGGAGGACAUUCACUUAACAGAAAUACCAGCUAUACUAUAUAGUCCACUUCAAACAAGGGCCAAUUACGAAAAGGAAGCCACUGCUUUAUUAGCUGAUAGUAUGACUGUAUCUGUUAAAUUUGAUAGAAGUAAUAUGACAUGCGUUCGAAUGUGUUCUACGCCAGUACAGCAGGAUGCAUCUUCCUAUUGUUAUAAACCAUGUGAUUCCCAUAGUGAUAUCCAUAAACCAUUUGAUUCCCAGAGUGAUGUCCAUAAAAUCGACUUGGAACAAAACGUGAAACAACUAAA